CGGACGGUUUCUCAGCCAUAAUGCGCGUUGGCUGAUUUAGGACAACAAUUUGUCCCAGAUGACAUUGAGUGGUGCAGGUAUUAUCAUUCAGCAAGAGCCCAUGGAGUAAAUCUUUAGUAGGUCACGCCAAGCCUGUGCCAAACAGACACUCCUAUGUUCGUGGCUUCAACACGAACUGACGACAACAUACACAAACCGAAAAACAUCACCAUUGCGGUCCCUCAUUUCGUGCCCGAAUUCCUCUAAUUCCGCACCCGGAAUCCGUUCCUAUUGCUGUCUUCUCCCCACCUUAUUCAGGCCCGCGUGGCCCUCACACAGCCCGCCUCAAGCCUCACCACCUAGAGAUCAACCCCCUCCCCUUCCGACACACCCGUCUCGCGCACCCCAGCAUGUCUGCCAAAACCACAGGCGCGGAACCCAACGGCGAGGCCAGACACCGGCAACAUCACGACGGCAGUUCUGGGCGAGCCUUCACCGUCGAGCAAAAAGCGGCUGUCAUAAGGAUCAAGCGCUGCUCACCGACGGCGUAUUACGAGAUCCUGGGGCUGGAAGAGGUGCGAAAGACGUGCACGGAGACCGAUAUCAAAAAGGCGUAUCGGAAGUUAAGUCUGUUAACGCAUCCGGAUAAGAAUGGUUAUGAGGGUGCGGAUGAGGCGUUUAAGCUGGUUUCAAAAGCAUUUCAAGUGUUGUCCGAUCCGGAUAGAAAGGCCAAAUACGACCGGUUUGGCGGGGACCCUGAUAGCAGAUUCGGUGGAGGCGCAUCGGCUGGCGCCUCGCCAUUUAGCAAUUUCGCAAGAGGAGGGGGCGCACAAAGGGCAGGACCAAUGUUUGAGGAGGAGAUAUCAGCGGAGGACCUGUUCAAGCAGUUCUUUGGCGGCGGUAUGGGUGGACCGUUCGGUGGUGGCAUCUUCGACACCGGCCCCGCUUUCGUUUUCAACAUGGGCGGUGGCCCUGGCAUCCGCAUCCACCAAUUCGGCGGUGGUCGCCCGCGAAGACGACCAGGAACCGCACAGCCUCCGGGGUCGGAAGAACAGCCCUCUUUCUUCUCAGCACUCUCAUCUCUUCUACCGCUCCUCCUACUCUUCAUCCUUCCACUCCUUUCGUCGUUAUUCAGCGGAUCCACAUCCUCAACGCCAUCCUUUAUCUUCGACGGCCCCAAAGCACCCUACACGCAAUCCAGGACAUCGCAUCCACUCAAAGUUCCCUACUAUGUGAAACCGGUCGACGUGGAAGACUAUGGCGCGAGAAACAGCAGAAAGUGGCAAUCUCUGGACCAAGUCGCCGAGGGAAGAUAUAUACAAAUCGUGACGGCACAGUGUGAACGAGAGUACCAGGCCAAGCAAGCAUUGAUGCAAGAGGCGCAAGGGUGGUUCUCAACGGAUAUGGAAAAGAUGCAGAAGGCGAGGACGAUGGAGAUGCCGAAUUGUAAGAGAGCGAGGGAGCUGGGUAUUAGGGUCUGAGUUGGAUUGUGGCGAAAGAACCCGGGGGUUGGCGUUGCAUAGGGU